AUGGGAUGGGAUGGGGGUAGCACGGGCACUGGGUGGAAGCAUGUCAAGCACGCGUACUACCCACAUGUGCAGAUUUGGGUGCGGCGGUUCCUGGACCCGGCGAAGCCAAAGAACCUAGAGUUUCCUUGGGGCGGGUAUGGCAUGUCGGGCGACAGGCUACCAGUGCCAGACACGCACUGUGGUGCAUCGGAGCACGCGGCUGUCUGGCCGAACAUCCCAGCAGCUGCGGACGCGGGCAGUGGCGCGGUGGGGGUGGCUAGUGGGGGUCGUAGUGGUGCCGGCAUGCACGCGUACAUGAGUCCAAGGGUGUCGCUGGACGAGCUAUGCAGUGCUCUCGUGGAGUUGUUUGCUGAUGCUGAUCUUCCGUUUCGUCUGGUGGACCGAGCAUCUAGUUCGCACACAUGGUCUCUCAUAGCACAAACCCUCGAGCGCAUUUUGACCGAGGCUGACCUGCGGGAUGUGGUGUUUGCUGUGACAACGGACAAUGCGGAGAACAACAACAAGGCAAUACGCCUUCUGUCGGGGGUCACAGCAGAGGGGCCUGAUGUCUGGACAUCUAAUCCACUACGCGACAUUGCGCAUCACGUGCGGCUACGCGAGCAGCUCGACAAGAUUCGUAUCAGUGACGUCCACUGGGAUGCGCUCGUCGAGCUGAAGAACUCUCUUAAGCCCUUCCAUUCACUCACCAAGGUAGCUGAGGCUUCCUUGUACCCGACAGCUGCAGCGGUGGUGCCGCUGUACAACCAGCUGCUGGACAAGCUGGAGACCACCUUCCGCAAGCCAGGCGUCUCACCCCACACACAGGCCCUCAUCACCAAAGCUCUCGGCAAGCUGAAGAAGUACCCGUAUGGGUCGAAGGAGGAGUUGGCGAUUGCCACCUUCCUUCACCCCCGAUACAAGACCAUCUUCUUCCAGCUGCCCUAG